AUAAGACUAUAAAAACUGUCAAAAUGCUGCUUGUAACAAAGCGGUGAGGGAAAAUGCUAACAUUUCAGGAAGGGCGCUAUUUGUAAGUUGUGUCUUUUGCCAAUAAAGCUUUUGCAGUUUGAAUGUAGUGCGCCCCCUACUGGAGGGACGUGGCUUCGCCGCUGAACCCAGAGCAGCUCUUUCAUUCCGGGAGGCAGCUGUCAGAUUAAAACACAUACAAACACACACGGACGAGGUGCUUAUGAAGGAGUCUGACCAUUAAGUCAAGGCCAAGCAUGAGGAAAAUGUGGUGAAUUUCGCUGAUUCUAUGUACCUUUAAAAAUGCCAGCCGUGACAGCAGGGCUGAAGGAGUUGUACCUUUCAACAUCUUUAGGUGACCUUAAUAAAAAGGCUGAAAUCAAGCCGGAUAAAAUAAGUACGAGGAGCUACGUACAGAGCGCCUGCAAAAUUUUCAAGGCAGCCGAGGAGUGUCGCUUGGACCGAGAUGAAGAAAAGGCUUAUGUCCUGUACAUGAAGUUCCUGACAGUUUAUGACCUUAUCAAAAAAAGGCCUGACUUCCAACAGCAGCAGGAUUUUUUCCAGUCUAUUCUUGGGUCGAGCAGCUUAAAAAAAGCUGUAGAGGAGGCUGAAAGGCUAUCGGAGAGCCUUAAACUCAGAUACGAAGAAGCAGAGGUACGGAGGAACCUGGAUGAGAAGGAGAGGCAGGAGGAAAAUAAGCGGAAAGAGGAGAAACCAGAAAAGGGCACAGACUGGGGCUCUUCAAAAGAGGCAGGAGGAGCUGAGAAGGAUAAGAAGAUAAGAUGGGGGCAGAAGGACAAUAAGAAGGAGACCGCAGUAGCCCCUCCUGGGGGGGUGACUGCAGAACAGCUCUUUAAGAUGAUGAAGGAUCAGAGCAUGAGAAUCAUCGUCAUGGAUGCCAGGAGCAGGAGUGAUUUUGAAGAGUCACGGAUCCAAGUGCCCACACAGCAGUGUAUCUGUGUUCCUGAGGAAGUCCUUCGCCCAGGGAUAACGGUCAAUCAAAUUGAAGUGAAUUUACCUGAGGAGUCGAGAGGAGAGUGGGAGUGCCGUGGGUUGGCUGAUUACAUUGUCCUGUUGGACUGGUCGAGCUCUGCCAAAGACCUGAAACUGGGAUCCACGCUUCGCAGUCUGAAGGAUGCCCUCUACAAGUGGGACAGCAAAACUGUCCUGCAUAAUGAACCCCUGGUGUUGGAGGGGGGCUACGAGAACUGGUUACUCUUCUACCCCAUGUACACUUCGAAUGCUAAAGUCAAACCCCCAAGGCUGGAAACCGUUGACGUCAUCCCUAAAUUGAACUUCAGCUACCCUUCACUUGAGGAGCCCAAACCCCUUGCCCCACCUGAGGUCAUACCAAAACCUGAGCCUAUGCAGGUGAAUGGAAAUUUGACAAAUAUGGAGGUGAAACAAGUGGAGGCAGAAGGACCAGCUGUGACUGAUCAAACCCUUGAGGAAAAACCCAAAAAAGGCUCAUCCAGCCAGCCUGGAACCAAAGCCAAACCUGUACCACAGAUUGAUCGCACAAAAAAGCCCACCGUCAAAAGGUCUGACAGUUCCAAGACCAUCAGUAUGACAACUAAAGAUCAACAGCCAGUGCAAAAUGGGCCUGUAAUUCCAAACCAUUCUGCUCAGAUAGGCGUCGGGCCCAAGUCCUCCAUAACAACAGAGGAGAAGAGCAAGAUACAACAGGAGCCAGUGCAGGCGCUACAGAAGGUUGAGCCAGAGAGAAGGAGGCAAGGGGACAAUUCCAACCAAGAAGGCCGACAGAGUGACAAGGAGGACAGCGAGAAGAUAAAGGACAGCCGGGGGGAGGAGAAAGAGGAGCGACGGCAAGACAAGAAACGCUUGGAGAGGCAGAAGGCAGCAAAAGAUGAGCAUGAAGAGGAAAUUAAUGAGGCAAAAGAAAGGAGAAGGUACAAUGAUGAAGGUGUUGACAAAGCGAAGGGCACAUCGCUAGAGUCACAUGUCCCAAAGAGCAUAGUCAAUGAGAUCAAGCGUGAGCCCUUGACCAGAGCAAGGAGUGAGGAGAUGGGAAGGUCUGUCCCAGGCCUGCCCGAUGGCUGGAUGAAGUUCCUAGAUACGGUAACGGGAACCUACCGCUACUACCACUCUCCUACCAACCGGGUGCACCUAUACCCGCCCGAGGUCUCCCAGACUCCCCCUGCCACACCACCUGCCCCCAAACAAAAGCCAGGGAAGGGCCGUACCAUAGAACCCGAGAGCGAGCACACCAAACUCAAACGCUCCUACUCAUCCCCUGACAUAACGCAGUCCCUGCAAGAUGAGGGUGUUACAAAGCUUAUUGCCACACCCUUUGUCAACAGAGACACCAAGCCACCCAGGGUAAUGCCUUACACCAAAGCCGAGAUCACCAGGCUGUCUGCUGCAAAGAUCCGAAACCUCAACCCUGUUUUCGGGGGCCUGGGGCCCUCCCUGACUGGACUGCGCAACCUGGGCAACACUUGCUACAUGAACUCCAUCUUGCAGUGUCUGUGUAACACUCCGGCUAUGGCUGAAUACUUCAAUAAGAAUUAUUACCAGGAGGAUAUCAAUAGGGCCAACAUUUUGGGCCACAAGGGUGAGGUGGCAGAGGAAUUUGGUGUCAUCAUGAAGGCUUUGUGGUCUGGACUUUACAAAUACAUCAGCCCCCUAGACUUCAAGGUCACCAUUGGAAAAAUUAAUGAACAGUUUGCUGGCUAUGAGCAGCAGGACUCGCAGGAACUUCUGCUCUUCCUCAUGGAUGGUCUUCAUGAGGACCUGAACAAAGCUGACAAUCGCAAGCGGUGCAAAGAGGAAACAAUCGACCACCUAGAUGACUUCAAGGCGGCAGAAUUGGCCUGGAGCAAACACAAGCUGUUGAAUGAGUCCAUCAUUGUGGCGCUGUUCCAAGGCCAGUUCAAGUCCACGGUGCAGUGUCUUACUUGCUACCGCAAGUCCCGUACGUUUGAGACGUUCAUGUACCUGUCCCUACCUUUGGCAUCUGCGCACAGGUGCUCUCUACAGGAUUGCCUGAAGCUUUUCUCCAAAGAAGAGAAGCUGACAGACAGCAACAGGGUCUUCUGCAGGCAUUGCAAAGCCCACAGGGAUUCCACUAAGAAGUUAGAAAUCUGGAAGGUUCCGCCAAUUCUGCUAGUGCACUUAAAACGGUUCUCCUACGAAGGUCGAUGGAAACAGAAGCUUCAGACAGCAGUUGACUUCCCUCUUGAAAACUUGGACCUGACCCAAUAUGUUAUCGGCCCUAGACACAACUUGAAAAAGUAUAAUUUGAUUGGUGUUUCUAACCACUACGGAGGCCUGGAUGGUGGACACUAUACAGCCUAUUGUAAGAAUGCCCAGAAACAGCGCUGGUUCAAGUUCGACGACCACGAGGUCCUUGAUAUCUCUGCGUCCUCGGUGAAGACCUCAGCUGCCUAUAUCUUCUUCUACUCGGCUCUGUGAAGGCUGGUCAAACCAUCGAGCCCUGCAUGCUGAUCGAGCCGCUGAGGAUGAAGGCGGGUGGACGCUACCCGUGGCAGGAGGGCCAGUUGAUGCGGUUAGCCAGGUGUUACACGGGUGCAGCCUUCAGCAGACAGGACAGAGGCCUACAUGGCUGUCCGUGUCAUGCAGCAGCGCUGCAGCUCAUAGAGGAUCAUGUAGAAGUUUAACACUUCAUCUAUCAGUACUCUUCACAGUAGUUUGAAGCAAGUAUAUUCUGUCUGCAAGACCAGGUCUAAACACAAGUCUUGCGAAAAACGCUUACAAAGUCUAACAGUAUUAAGCAGCCUAUAGCAUCUUUCGGUUGUACUGAUAUGGAACUUGAGAUGUUCCAGUAGUUUUUCCUCAGUGUGUUGGACUUGUCACAUAGCUGAUCUUAAGCUUUCGUGUACCGUGAGUAUAUUAGGCUAAAGAGAUUGGCAUCAUGUACAGUGCACAAACAUGCAUACACUACAUACAUAUGUAUUUUCAUUCACAGGGGUUUGUUGAAACCUGUGUGCAUAUUAUUAAGACGAAAUGUCCAUCCACUACUGUGUAUAAGUGACCAAGCUCUCCUGGAAAGAGGCACUUGCAUGCUCAGCUUUACCAAGAAAGUAGGCCAUUUUGACUGACAACUUUUUGUUUUCAGACUUUCUGGGCCUCUUCCCCAUUUCUUGAGUGACUUUAGGGGACCACUUGUUGGGACGUUGGAAACAUGUGAAUACUGGUAGUAGUUUGACAGGUUCUGUGCUUAACACUUCAUCUGAGACCAGAUAUUCUCAAGUCUCUUCGUUCUUGUCUACUUUUUUCUGACAUGAUCAGCCUGGUUCUUAAGUUAACUAAGUACUUAAAAAACAAACACUUCAGAAUGUAAGAUUCUUUCAGCUUAUCUAAAUGUGCCAGAUCCCCAGAGUGAAAAUAUCUUCUAAAGAUAAAAAAAAAAAAAACUGAAGUUGUGUUUUUUUUUUCCACCUAACAAAGCACUCUUUAAACAUUACUCAAGGAAAGCUUUCCAGCAAUGAAACAUGUCAUAACGUGAUGAGGAAGCGCAAGUGAUACUCAUUGCCACGCUUCUCCUGUGCAGGGCCUGUCGACUUUCGUUUUGAGUCAGCAUCUUGCAAGAGGGAGAGAGGAAACAUUAUGUACUUGUCUGCCAUAGUGUGUUUCACUGCACAGUGUGUGUUCACCUGCACUGAUUGUAGGGGUCCUAAUGAGCAGCAGUGUAUGUGUGCUGGUUUCCCAGCUCUUAUUAAACCACCGUCACACCAGCAUGAAGAAAGAAGAAAAAAAGAUAUUUUUUCAUGUGCGUGCUUAGGUGUGUAAGAGUAAGGAAAACAGGAACAUACACUAGCUCACCAGGACCUCUGACAAUGUCCUUCAAAAAGCAUCACUUUGUCAGAACAAAGCAUAGGGAGGAGGGUGGAGUCAGUGUUACUCAUUACUGCUUUAACGUGUUGAAGCUUCAACAAGGUGCCUUGGAGCUAGAUUAUUACAGAUGAGAGAAAGCACAAACCCGGGAGGUUGUACCUGCUGGGCAGAGUCCAACACAACAAACAGUGGAAUGUCAUAAAUCCUUCACCUUUAACCGUUAAUCUAGCAUGAAUGGGCCCGUUUGGAAUUAUUUAUAUUAAACCUGUGUUCCUUGAUGCCAUGACAUUUGACACUUGUACUAUAACCUAAAAACACGACAUUUGUCAUAUUAAAAGUGCACCAAAUAAUUAAAAUCAGGAAAUAAAAAAGGCACAAUGUGUUGUCAUUCAGUAGCCUGCAGAUGGAGCUAGUGGUUUUGACAGCCAUUUGGAGGAUCACCGGUGACCCUGAACAACGAUUCUGGUCUGUUUGAACUUAGCCAUGAGUAAAGUUUGUUUUCUCUGCAAGUAAUAUGUUGUGGCAUGUUUUUCCCCUCCUGAAACCAUAAAAAGUGAUGUGACAGCCUGAUUUCCUUGAGCAUGUGUGUGGGUUUGGUGAUGAGAGCUGGGUACAUACCACCACGAUUACUCACUCCUACUCGUUAACACAUCACGGUACAGCCUGAAGCUUACACCACAAAGACAGGUCCCUUCUGACAUAU